CCUGCAGCCAGCCCAGCUUCUCCAGCACACCCGCUAGCCGCCGCCGGAGCCCCCUCGCCCAGCCACCAUGGUGAAGAUCGUGACCGUCAAAACCAAAGCCUACUUCGACCAAAAGCCCGGCACCAGCGGCCUUCGCAAGCGGGUCAAGGUUUUCCAGGACAACGCCCACUAUGCCGAGAAUUUCAUCCAGAGUAUUAUCUCCACCAUCGACCCGGCGCAGAGGCAGGAGGCCACCUUGGUGGUUGGGGGAGAUGGCCGCUUCUACAUGAGGGAGGCUAUCCAGCUGAUCCUCCGCAUCGCCGCCGCCAACGGGAUUGGCCGUUUGGUAAUUGGACAGAAUGGAAUUCUUUCUACCCCAGCUGUGUCCUGCAUUAUUAGAAAAAUAAAAGCAAUUGGUGGCAUAAUUUUGACUGCAAGUCACAACCCUGGCGGACCUAAUGGAGAUUUUGGCAUUAAGUUCAAUAUUUCAAAUGGAGGGCCUGCUCCUGAAGGUAUUACUGACAAAAUUUUCCAAAUUAGCAAGACGAUUGAAGAGUAUGCUAUAUGUCCAGAUCUAAAUGUAGACCUCAAUACAAUUGGAAAGCAGCAGUUUGAUUUGGAGAACAAGUUUAAACCAUUUACAGUUGAAAUUGUGGACUCUGUAGAAGCUUAUGCCAACAUGUUGAGGAAUAUUUUUGAUUUUAGUGCACUAAAAGAACUACUCUCGGGUCAAAACCAUCUAAAGAUUCGGAUAGAUGCUAUGCAUGGAGUUGUUGGCCCUUAUGUAAAAAAGAUCCUCUGUGAAGAACUUGGAGCACCAGCAAAUUCUGCUGUGAACUGUGUACCUCUUGAGGACUUUGGUGGCCAUCAUCCUGAUCCAAACUUAACCUAUGCCGCUGAUCUAGUCCAGACCAUGAAAACUGGAGAAUAUGAUUUUGGAGCUGCCUUUGAUGGUGAUGGGGAUCGCAACAUGAUACUUGGAAAACAUGGAUUCUUUGUUAAUCCCUCAGACUCUGUGGCUGUUAUUGCUGCAAAUAUUUUCAGUAUUCCUUACUUUCAACAAACAGGAGUUCGAGGAUUUGCACGAAGCAUGCCUACAAGUGGAGCAAUUGACAGGGUCGCCAAAGCUACAAAGAUUGCCCUAUAUGAAACUCCAACAGGUUGGAAGUUCUUUGGAAACUUAAUGGAUGCAAGCAAGCUAUCUUUGUGUGGAGAGGAGAGUUUUGGUACUGGAUCAGAUCAUAUUCGUGAAAAAGAUGGACUCUGGGCAGUCUUGGCAUGGCUGUCAAUCAUAGCUGUCCGCAAACAGAGUGUGGAAGAGAUCCUGAAAGAUCACUGGCAAAAAUAUGGGCGCAAUUUCUUCACAAGAUAUGACUAUGAGGAGGUGGAUGCUGAUGGUGCUAACAAGAUGAUGAAGGAUCUAGAGACACUCUUUUUUGACCGUUCCUUUGUGGGGAAGCAGCUGUCAGCAGGGGACAAAUCAUACACUGUGGAGAAAGCUGAUAAUUUUGAAUACAGUGAUCCUGUUGAUGGAAGCAUCUCAAGAAACCAGGGUUUGAGGCUCAUCUUUGCUGAUGGUUCUCGUAUCAUCUUUAGACUAAGUGGCACAGGAAGUGCUGGAGCAACUGUGCGUCUCUAUAUUGAUAGCUAUGAAAAAGAUGCACCAAAAAUCUAUGAAGAUCCACAGGUCAUGUUGGCUCCUCUGAUCUCCAUUGCACUGAAACUUUCCCAGCUUCAUGAGAGAACUGGCCGCACUGGUCCCACUGUUAUCACAUAAACAUAAAACUUGAAGCCAUGCAGAGUGAUUGGCUGCUAUCAGUUGGAAUCAACUGGUCCUUCUUCCUGUUGUCAGAUUUAUUCUUAAAAAUGCUAACACUGUAUUCAAAAGCACUAUGAAGUGAUAAAAGCAUAGAUGUGAUUUUAAAAGUUUACACUAUGUGUAUACUGAUAUGCAUUGCCUUUUUAAUGUCAUCUGUUACCUUUCUAAUUUGUGCAUAAUAUCAAAGCAGAAUGCUGCCUUUUGGUUUAGCAGAUGGCCAUAUCAAAGCAAAAGGAGUAAAUCCUGGUCUACUACUACUAUUCUCUGGAGUUCCUUUGUGUUGCCUCUGCACAAAAGGUGUUUCAGAGGUUUUGGCAAUGUGUAGACUUCCUUUUAAGCUUUUCCUCAUUAAAUGUACAAUCACUGUGAAUUACCAUCUUUCCCUAGUCCCAUGGGCUCUUGCAUACAAAAAAAUCUGUCAACUGAAUUUUGUGCCAUUAUCUCUUGUAGAAGACACAGCUACUCCCUCUCAGAAUUCACCAUAAGAAUGAGCAUUAUAAGAUAUUAAAAUGCAGUGAAACACUA